AUCUGAGAUGGCACGACUACUGGUCCGCCGUGUUGUGCAAAAGUCAGGGUAGAAGACGAGGCACUGCAUGCAGCGCAUGUUGAGAACUGCAUACACUUCGACGGCCUCCAGAUAGGCAUUGCAUGCGUGGGAGUGGUUCAUCACUUGAUUGUGCAUUACAACCCCGAAAACACGGGGCAAGUCAGCGCCUAUGCACCUUGCACGAACGCUGUUGGACUCGGUUCGUCCACGACCCAGACAUGCAAUACCAUUCGUCUGUCGCCCCAUUCAAUAUUGAACCGCACACUCAAAGGUCCCAUCGCAUUGGUCCGGCUUCGUCAUCCUUCCAACAAACUGUUGAGCACGAUACUCCGCACAUGCACGUCGGAAGAAGCAUGGAUGUAACGUAUGUAUUAUCAUUCGGCCAGAACUAUAUCCAUAGUCUGCGCCAAUGCAUACCCCUCAGCAGCGAGCUUCGGAAGCGUUCUAAAUUCACAAUGUACACCGCCGUCCCAGAGCCAGCCAAGCCUUUCACCCAGACCGUGUAUGCCCGUGCCCAUGUGAAGAAGCCCAGCCCAAAGAUGGUACAGUAGAAGGAAGCCAAUAACGCCUGUCGCUAGUGAUGAC